CAGUAACGACGCGUCACCGGUUAGUGUUUUAUCACUUUUGAACUCUUCGCCAUCUCGCAUCUUCUGUAGUCCUCACAGUCGUUCGAUGUUGAGCCGCGACAUUUGAACUAUCCUCUCGUCUCGGGACGUUUUUCGUGUUUGCCACUUCAGUGGAGAGAAAAGAGAGACUGAGAUGACAGAUGCGGUCGUUUGCCUACCUUGAUAUUUAUCGCGGUUUCCAUUCGAGCGAAAAAGAAUUCGUCUGCAAAAAAUAUUGCGUGGUGAAGUCGAGGAUUUAAUGUUGUCUCCAUUCCGAGCAAGGAACUGUCACACUUUUCACUUCGCCCACUUUCUUCUCAACGAAAAGAACUUCUAUCUAUUAUAGAUUUAGUUUACAGAUUGCUUUUACCAUGACAAUGAAGACUAAGACAUAGCUUCUGACUCUAGUCGUGCUCGUCUCCAAAAUACAAAAUGGUAUCCGGCGCAAUUCGAGGCACAAAAUCUGCUGGAGCCCUCCAUGUAGUCAGGGAUGUGGACCCAUUACUCGCGAAAUAUACGCUGAGGCCGCAGCUCGAACUUUACCACUCGAUGAAAAAAGCCUACGGCACUGCAGGAUCGCCGCAGAGGGAUGAGGAUGACGCUGCUCUUGCGGAUUUAGGAGGCGUCCUUGGAGCAGCUAGAGGGCACCUUCUUUCACCAGUUAAAAAUGUUCUUGACGAUCCUCAAGGCCAUCCUCCGCUUUUCCAUGAAGCUGAGAGGGAAAAAUACAAUGAAGAACAGUUCGAAGAACAGUUCCUUUACCAGAUGAUGAACACAAGUUGCGAAAAGCUAGACGACGCUGCUCUGGGCAUCGUCGCGGAUGAAGAUGAAGGUGGCGAUUCGCCGACAUCUGCUAUUCGUCAACAUCUUGCUAGAAGUACUAGUGCAGGGCACAGCGGUGCCGGUGGAAAGACCAGAGGUCGUGGAGUACUAGGAGUCUCUGGAGAACAAGUCUCUUCCUCCAACAAGAAAAGUAAGUCUAUGUCAGAACUAAAACGGGACUUGUACUCGCGUCCUUCGUCUGCGUAUCAUAAAAGGCGCAUGGCCCACGCACGUGCUUUCGCAUCGUUCUCUCAACAGGGCAAGCCAGCCGACGCGGAUCUAGUAGAUAUGGAGAAUUUGUGCAGAAGAUUGCAUGAACUCUCACUCUCAGGAACUUCGCCAUCCCGUCCAACCAGUGCCGGCGGAUGGACAAAUGCUUCGGUGUCUUCUUACCUGCUAGCAUCUUCACGCGCAACGUCAGCGCGGCCGACGAGCGGGAAUAGACCAAUGAGUGCUGGUUUGAAUAGGCCAUUGAGUAGUCAAGGGCAGAGACCUGCGCCGUCAAGCACUGUGGGUGGCGGCCCUGCCCGAGAGGAAUAUUACACAUACGACGCCAAUUAUGGUGGAACAAGAACCAACUAUCAAGAUUAUAUUGACACUGCACUCACACCGAAUAUUAAACCAGCAGAACAAGAACAAAGGGACCUUCAACACGAUGGAGGCCUUCUGAAUCACACAACCAAGAAGAACAAAACUAUUGUCUCUGGUUCCAGUCGACCUCAAAGUGCGAUGACAAGACCUCAGAGUGCUGUCACCAAGGGUUCGGCAGUGACACCCAGCAAGAUGUCUCCGACUGAUAAGUGGCGGAGACAACAGUUAGAGGGAAUGAUAAAGAACCUGAAAACACACCUGAUGCAGAAGGUCAUGAACGACGAGAAAUUCGAAUUCAGCAAUACAACUUAAUAUGGCCGGACUUCUUUGCAUUGGUAGUACCGUAUACUUGAAGACUCAGAUUGAUGUUUGAUACUUCUGCCGCCGUGAGCUUAUAACUAGGAACAGGAUGGCGAUGGAAAUUAUGGGUGGUGAUGGUGUUCGUCUAGAAACAAGUAAUGAAAGAAUGGCUCGGUUGUAUUAUAUCUUCCUCUCGAUUCUACUUGCUGCUCCUUUCUAACUUUCCGAAAAAGACGCUUCCGCCAUCUCCACAGUGGACCGACUACGAGAUAAAUUGUCAGAGCUUGGAGGCGGUCCUUCAGGCAGCAGCAAAGAUGAGACCUGUUCAACCGCUUCAGCAGGGUCAGACGAUUUUCAAGAGGGUCCUUCGACCACGACUGGAGGCAGCAAACAACUCAGCUCUACCGUCUUCAGUUCGAAACAACUUGGAGGAGUUGGAGGUUCUAGUAUGAUGAACCAUGGACCAGGGAGUAAGACGUUCUCUUCGCAACAGGCUACUCAUGGCGGAUCGUCAUUGAGUAAGACACCAGUGGGGGACUUUCAUUUUCAUAGAAGUAGUAGUACUUCUUCGGCAACUGGAAUUACCGAAUCUUCCAGAGGACCAGUGCUGCCGAGCUUUGCUGAAGCUCUGAUCGUGUCUGCGGUUGUGCCGCCACCUAGGAAGAAAGUAGUGAAGGCUCAUUCGAUGUCGACAUCUUCACAAUUGAUGUUAGGAGAUCAACCUGGCCAGCAGCAUGGAGCUUCUUGCAACAGUUUAUUUGGAGACGACCAAUCUUACAACUCCUACGACGACCACGAAGAGGAAGGAGAAGGACAUGUUCUUGUAGGAUAUGCCGAUGAAGAAGCGGAACUUCUGAAUGCCUUGGCUAAGGGGCGCGAGGUGCCUGAUGAAGAGAGACUUCGGGAUAUGGACUAUACGGAUGCUCUUCUGAACUUCCCGAUAGGUGCGGAAUAUCUGGACGAACAGAAGAAAGACAGGAGGACGAUGAACACUAGUACAAUGUUGGAAAAUAGAAGUAGUACAAGUUUAGUUUUAGUGGAAAGAGAAAGUACUACUUCUUCUAGUUUAGAUGAACAAUUAGAACAUCAAGAAAAUGAACAGGAGCUUGUGUACGGAGGACAACAUGAAGAUGACGGACAAGAAACGCUUUUCCUUCAAGAUCAUGAGCAUGCUGUGGGAUUCGAUGGCGAUGCAGGAGAGGGUGAUGCAGGAGCCAAGACGUUUCUAACAGAUGACCCGACAAUGACGACCAAAAUCGAUCAGCCGAACGCAACUGAUGCAAGAACUGAUGGUAAUUCUGCAACCGGUCCUGCAUCUAGCAACCUUGUAGUAGAACAUCAGGGCGAUCAAAUUCAAACAAAACAUGAAGCAGCAGCUACUUUUUCGACAUCUAGUCCGAGGACGGGGAAAGAUCCGGAGAUUAUAGCGCAAACGAAGCGAAUGGCCGGCUGGAUGAGAACUCUAGAGAAGUUGCAACAUACCAGUGACGCCUUUGCCGAUGCUUGUGAUGCUACUGCGUUGGAGCUGUUCAAGGUAGGUAGAUGCCUAGAUGUAUAGGUAGAUAAGAGAUAAGUAGUACCUAGGUUCAAGGUAGAUUUAAGAGAUUUAAGUACCUCCUAGAUGUAGAUCGCCGAAUUGAUCAAUCCAAACAGGCUUAGCAUUUUUGGAAUCUGACACUCAGCUUGUUUUUAUCCCUACUAAGUAGUUUAUCCAUGUAGUGGCUCUUCAUUGUCUCCAUCCUUCUUUCGACUGUACUAUCAAUCUAAAUAGUACUUACUAUCAAUCUAUUAAAUACACUACUUACUAUCAAUCUAAAUACACAUCUACAUAGUAUCUAAAUACACUUUCAACAACCUGAGGUAAAAAGCAAGUCCAACGCAGAAAGAGCAGCGAUGCAUUGUCUGUCGAACGAGGUGGAGCGUCUCCAAAUGGGAGAGUCCGGCGCGCCACCGAUCGACGUGCUUACCCGCUUACGUCUAAGCCGAGCUCGCAAAAGUUCGUUUUCCACUACACGGAUGACGGAGAAGACUAGUCUGAAGAAGGAGAAGACUAGUCUGGUGAGCUUGGGUGGACUGGAAGCAGUUGAUAACGCCGAAGAAGACGCAGCGUGUGCUGCAGGUGGUGGUGGGAGUGGCUAUUUUCACGAUCAUAUUAGUUCUUCCAGACAGUGUCAACAGUCGAAUUCGAAAACCACCACUUCCGCACCGUCAUCCGGUUUUUUCUCAAACAAAAGCAACAACUUAAUAUCGACAAUGUCAACCACGCAUAGUUGUACCACCUUUGCUGGGACACGUAGUAAGAUGACUAGCACAUCACUGAAUGGAGGUGGAUCCACGCGAUUGCCGUCAUCGGGAUUCCUGUCGUCAUCAAAGUUUGCUGGCAUGACCCAGUCGCAGAUACGAACUUUCUCAUUGGAGAAGCUGAAAAGAUGCAGACCGGAUUCUAGUACUUAUAGAUACUUAUUUUUGGUGGACUAGACGUUUCACGUGGAUGAUGUAGAAGGAGAUCAUCAUCUCAGAUUAUUCACAUGUAGAAAAGUCUGCUGAACAACACGGCAUGGCUGUAGAGCCGUGUACCUUCAACCUUGAACCUUGAACCUUCAGUCUCCUCUUAUCAUUAUCCGCCUAGUAUUCAGGUCGUGAGACCACCGCAGCCGGUCGGGCAGACAAAUUCUUGCAUGUCCACCAGAGCGUUUACAGCCAGGGUGGGAACAAAAAUAGUCGAAGACAAAUGAGUGGAGACAGUAAGGAUACUAUCGCUACGCUGGAUUUACACGACCAAUACAGGGAUACGAGACUGGGGUCGACAGCGGUUUUUCAAGCGAAGAAUGUAAGGGAAUACGCCGAUAUGCAUAAGACGCCAGCCCCUCCACCAAAAAAAAUACCGAGACCGAAAGCAGCUAGCGUAACUUUGAGGCAUAUACCUCUUUAG